GAUUGAGAGGAAAAAAAAACAAAAAAAAAAAAGAGGGAGAGGAGAAAACCCUAGCGUGUUGUUCAGUGACUUUGGGGGAAUUUCUCGUUGUUUCUCGCUCAAUCGGCUUGUCAUCAUUUCUAGAAUCGAAGGACGAUUUAGGUUUUUCGCUUUGUGAGAAGACUGUGUUUCGGAAUCUAGGUUUCGUAGAGAUCUAAUUGUAGAUUCGCACGAAGAGCGAACGAGAGAGAGAGAAGAGAAGGAGAGGGAGUCAUGUCGGAUUCUGAUAAAGAGCUAGAGAAGCAGAUUCUGGAAGCACGGGAAAAGCUUAUUGACCCGCCAUCUUCAGUCGAUGAGCUUCUUUCUCUCCUUGACAAACUUUUCCUCAGCCUGUCAGAGGUUGAACAGUCACCUCCCGACUCAAUGCAGAAUGCACUCUCUCCAUUGAUGAAAGCAUUAGUCGCUGGAAAACUCUUCAAGCAUUCAGAUGUCGAUGUGAAAGUAGCAGUCGCUGCCUGCAUCAGUGAGAUUACAAGAAUAACUGCUCCGGAUGCUCCUUAUGAUGAUGACCAGAUGAGGGAAGUAUUUAAGUUAAUUGUAUCAUCAUUUGAAAAUUUAGUUGACAAUUCUAGUCGCUCCUAUUCCAAAAGGACCUCUAUCCUUGAAACGGUGGCUAAGGUCAGAUCGUGCGUUGUGAUGUUGGAUCUUGAGUGUGAUGCACUUCUUAUUGAGAUGUUCCAGAAUUUCCUGAAGGCUGUAAGGGACCAUCAUUCAGGGAACGUAUUUUCAUCAAUGGAGAACAUUAUGACCCUUGUUUUAGAAGAAAGCGAGGAUAUACCCCCAGAAAUGCUUUCACCAAUUCUACAUUUUGUUAGAAAGGAUGAUGAGGUUCCCCAAGUAUCACGGAGGUUGGCAGAACAAGUUCUCAGUAACUGUGCUAGCAAGCUCAAAACGUAUCUCACUGAAGCAGUGAAAUCGUCGGGUGUCCCUUUUGAUAAGUAUAGUAAGAUAGUGACUUCUAUAUGUGAAGGGACAUUCAGUGCUUUGCAGCAGGAUCAACUUGUUGCGAAUGAAGAAGAGGUUAGUCAUGUUCAUUUAACAAAGGAAGCAGAAGUAGAGCAGGAUAAACAGAAGGCAGCAGAAAUUUCUACACCCGAGCGAACUGAUGCCCCUAAGGAUGAAUCUGGUAAAUCAGGAGUCAGCAAUGGUGUUGUGCAACAGAAUGAUUCGUCUGUUGAUACUGAGACAAAGAAGCAAGAUAAUACGAAUGCUAAAGAUGAGCCUCAACAACUUGAUAAUCCUAGCAAGACUGACUUGGAUAAUGCUUCUGAAGAAAAGCCUGAUGUUGAACAUCAAAUUAUGGAAAAAGAACCUAGUUCUGUCAAACAAGUGGAUUCAUCAAAAACUUCAGAUAUCAAAGAAGAGACUGAACCUGGAGCACUCCUGGACAGCAAGGGUGUCUUAAAGUCGCCUCCUGAUGACUCAUCUGUUAACGCAGCCACUUCUUCAGAAAAUGAGGAGAAAACAGGUGUGCAGGCUUUGCCAUCUAAGACAUCAGCUGAUGAAACUGCCAAUGUCAGUUCUCCAUCUAGAGCUGAGGAUCUUGUUGAGGAAAACCGUCCUAAGAAGACUGCAAACCAGAAGAAAAGCUCAACGAAGGAGGCCAAACCAUCUGCUGCUAAUGUUACGGAAGAAGCUUCCGAAGAACCAAACACUUCUGAAGCUAAAGUGACAAAAAAGUCUGGAAAGAAGGUCGCCUCUUCAAGUAAAACCAAGUCCAAUGUUCCUCCUUCAAAGAAAACCACCUCUGAGACAAAAGCAGCUAAACAGUCAGAGAAAAAGGUAGUUGAGAGUGAUAAUGAACAAGAAUCCUCAAAGCCAAAAGGGGAUAAGAAGAAGCCAGGACGUGGGAAAGCCAUGGAUGAGGACACAUUACAUACGUCUUCAGGUGAUAAUGAAAAACCAGCUGUUUCCUCUGGAAAGCCAGCCUCAAAGUCAAAGAAAGAAGUGAAGCAACCGAUAGAAGAAAGUCCUAAUACAAACGCAAAGAGAAAACGAAGUCUAGGCAAAGAGAAAGCAUCUGAUCUCCAAAACCACGAUGAAAGUUUAGUUGGGUCGAGGGUCAGAGUCUGGUGGCCUAUGGAUAAAGCGUAUUAUACUGGUUCGGUCAAUUCAUAUGAUUCUGCUAAGAAGAAACAUCUGGUUUGCUAUGAUGAUGGCGAUCAAGAAAUCUUGAAUUUGAAGAAACAGAAGUGGCAUUUUCUGGAUGAAUCAGAAUCAGAGGUGGGGCAUUAUAUUUCAUUAAUCUCUGACUUUUUUAAAAAAUUCUUUCCAUUUGCUGUAAUUUACAUUUUUUUGCAGCAUGGUGAAGAAGCUGCUGAUCAGACGGGUCAUGAUGAAGAAGCCUCUGCAGAGGCCCAGCAGAGAAAAAAAGCCAAGACAGGCAAGCAAUCAAAGAUAGAAUCAUCAGGGAAAAAGGGUGGUGGAGCUGGAUCCAGCAAGUCUAAAGCUGCUCCUGCUUCCAAGUCAGGCAAGAAGUCCCAGGAUGAUAAAACAGAGAGCAAACCAAAGGAUUCAAAGGAACCGAGCAGAGAAGAAGAGGAUAGCUCUGAAGAGUUGAGCGAAGAGGAGGAAAAUCCCAGAACCGUUGCUAAAUCAGGUGGUGCAAAAUCGGGAAGCAGCAAGUCGAAGAAAGAGAUAGUGAAAUCUGGAAAAUCAAAGGACCAAGGAGACUCUGGCACAUCCAAAGCUUCAUCCAAGAAAAAGGAAGAGCCGUCCAAGACUAUGACGACUUCCUCAAAGUCCAAGUCUGGACCUGCGAAGUCUUCAUCAGCCAAGGUGAAAGUAGCUAAAGGCAAAGCAAAAUCUACACCUUCCUCCAAGGCCAAGGAGAGCGAUGCAGAGUCCGAAUCUGAAGAGACACCCAAGGCACCAGAACCAGCAACAAAAGGUAAAUCAGUCGGUUCAGGCAAGUCGCAGGGAAGUCAGACGAAGUCUGGUAAGAAGAGGAAGCGAUGACUCUGGCCUUAGGAAAGGUUUUCGAUCUUUUCUCCUUUGAAUUAUGGUUAUGUAAUUUUAAGGUGGAAAAGGUGAGCGUAACGGUGGUGGUAUUGGUGGCCGUGAAUUGGGUGGGACUUGACGUCGUCUGGGCAUUAGAAGUGUAGAAUUGUUUUCGAGACAAGAAGCGUAGUAGUGGUGGUUUUCUUUCGUUUAGGUGUGAUUUCAGCUUGAUGUAGCUUUAAGGUGGAUACUAAAUCGGUUUUGGUUAUUUUUAUUUCUUUUAUUUAUUUGACCACGUUUUCCUGUCAUCUCUCGACAUGAGUUUUGAAGAGAAUUAUUAAAAUAUUUGGGUAGAUAAAAGUACAUUUUGCCUGCCGACUAUUUGUAGUAAAUCUUCCUAAACCAUCACUAAAAUUUGGAUUAACUUA